AUGCCGAGUGAGGAGUUCCACGGCAGUGCGAACGCGGCGGGCACUGUGCCUACCGGUUCACUGUGUAAUUCGUUCAAGGUGGCGCGCGUCGCAGCCUGCUCAGGCGCGGUCCCCUGCCGCGACGCCUCUCCCGCACGCGACUCCAGUGAAGAGGCUGUUAGCUGCUCCAUCUGCAGCGAGUGCAUCGCGCUUGUGGCUGACGGAUUCUGCGCAUGCUGUGGACGCGCUUGCGGCUCGCAGUCGCCGUCGACCUCCUCCACGUGCGCCUCUCGCUGCAGCGCGCCCUCGGAGUCCUCCGUCGCCUCCGUUCCAGUCGCAAACGCGCAAAAACGCCAGAGGGAGACCGAUCAGGCCGCCAGCUGUGCGUCUUCUGCUGCGGCAGGCGGAGGCGGUUCCUCUGGGCUCUCGCGUGCCUCGGGGUCUCCACUUUCCUCCCCGGAGCAGAACAUGCGAAGCGCAGCGACUUCGGUGGGCGCUGCGAGCGGCUCCGCGCUGCCCACGGGGGGCGCGUCGCCUCAGGGGGGCACGCCACAGUCGCCGUUAGAUGCAUCCCGUUCGCUCGUCAGAGACUUGGGGACGUUUCCGUCUUGGUGGCUGCAGAAAAGAGAGCGUUUUCUUGAGCAGCAGCGGCGCCUCGUCGCAGCGCUGCCUUCCAUCUCGCCGGUAACCUUCACGGAAGACCAGAAAGACAUUCUCGAGGCGCUGAAGGGCCUCGGCUACCGCGUCGUCGGCGAGCACGCGCGCGAGGCGCUGGAGGACUUUGUCUCGCGGUAUGACAGCUUCGUCUUCGACGUCGACGGCGUCCUCCUCAUGGGCACUCAGCGCCUCGCAGGCGUCGCCGAUGCCCUCCAGGCGCUUCGCCAGAGAGGGAAGCGCCUUAUGUUUGUCACAAACAGCGCGAGCAAGAGCCGGCAAAUCUGCGUAGACCUUUUGACGAAAGUUGGAAUCGAGGCCUAUCCAGAAGAGGUGAUUUGCUCGAGUUACGCGGCGGCGCAGUACGUGCGGACGACGCAUCCGGACGUGAAGAAAGUGAUGAUUAUUGGGGAGAAGGGGUUGGAACUCGAGUUCCGCGAGGCUGGCAUCGAAAUCGUGAGAGCCGAGACACACGCGCAGCAGCCUCCAGGCGCGGCGGCGGAUUCGUCGCCGCUGUCGAUUCGCUCCGAGGCGGACUUUGCCGCGCUGGCGGAGACCUUGGACCCGGCCGUCGGGGCGGUGGCGAUCGGCUGGGAUCGCGACCUGACGUUUGCGAAGCUCUGCCUCGCGUCGCUUUAUCUUCAGCGCGACGACGGCGCGCUGCCCUUCAUCGCAGCGAACCGGGACGCCUUCGACGUGAUUCGCGGCGCGAAGAUGCCGGCGAACGGCGCAGGCGUUGUCGCCCUGGAGCUUUGCUCUUCGCGUCAGGCCUUCUGCGUCGGCAAACCAAGCGUCUGGCUCGCGCAGUUCCUCCUCUCCAAGUACCGGCUGGAGCCGCGGCGGACGCUCGUAUGCGGAGACCGCCUCGACACAGACAUCGCAUUCGGCAAGAACGCGGGCGCGGACACCUGCGUCGUUUUCACAGGAUGCACCACUGUCGAGGAUCUCGCCGCCAUGCCGCCGACCCACGCGGCUGCGCCGACCUUUGUGAUCCCGCACAUUGGAGUCCUUCAGGCUCUGAAAAACGAGAACGAAGCAACUGGCGAAGAAGCCGCCACGCGGCAGAACGGAGACAGCGCGUGA